CACGCGACGCGACUAGUAUGCUUGCCGCCUGGAGGCUGUCGCAGCGAGCCGUCAACUUCGUUCCCCCCCGCGUGCGAUCCCAAACCCUAAACCCUCUCCCCAUGGCCGCCGCCGCCGCCGCCGCGUCGCCCAAGCGCUUGAGGGUCUACUCGUCCGUCGCCGGCGAUGGUGUCGACUCCGCCAACGGCGCGGGGAGCGGCAGGCGCGUGGGGACGCACAACGGCAGCUUCCACUGCGACGAGGCGCUCGGCUGCUACCUCAUCCGCCUCACCUCUCAGUUCGCCGGCGCCGACGUCGUCCGCACCCGCGACCCUCAGAUCCUUGAUACUCUGGAUGCUGUGCUUGAUGUUGGUGGUGUCUAUGAUCCCAGCCGACAUCACUAUGAUCAUCACCAAAAGGGCUUUAAUGAGGUCUUUGGUCAUGGCUUUAACACAAAACUUAGCAGUGCUGGGCUUGUUUACAAGCACUUUGGAAAAGAGAUAAUUGCAAAGGAGCUUGAAGUUAGUGAAGACCAUGAAGAUGUUCACCGGCUGUAUCUUGCAAUAUAUAAAAGCUUCGUUGAGGCACUUGAUGCAAUCGACAAUGGAAUCAAUCAAUAUGACACAGACCAACCCCCAAAGUAUGUGAACAAUACACACUUGUCCUCACGUGUUGGGCGUCUUAAUCCAGAUUGGACCGAUCCAGACCAGUCACCUGAGAAGGAGAAUGCAGCGUUUCAACAGGCAAUGAUGCUUGCUGGAAGUGAAUUUAUGGAGAGUGUUCGCUUUCAUGUUAAGUCAUGGUUACCUGCAAGAUCUAUUGUCUUGGAGUGUUUGUUGUCAAGAGGAAAGGUUGAUCCAAGUGAAGAAAUCAUGGUUUUGGAUAGAUUCUGCCCUUGGAAACUCCAUCUGUUUGAGCUUGAAGAGGAGAUGAAGAUUGAUCCCCUCACGAAGUAUGUACUGUAUCAGGAUGAGAGGAGCAAAGGUUGGAGAGUACAAGCUGUUUCCGUUGCUCCGGAUAGAUUCGAGAGCCGAAAGCCUCUGCCAGAAAAAUGGAGGGGCUUGAGAGAUGAUGAGCUGUCGAACGAUAUUGGCAUUCCUGGAUGUGUUUUUGUUCAUAUGAGCGGCUUCAUUGGUGGCAACAAGACGUAUGAGGGAGCGUUGGAAAUGGCAAGAGCUGCUCUCAAAUGUUGACUCGGCGCUCGGCGGAGGCUUCAAGCAGCAACACACUGUCACCCAAUUUAUCAUUGAGUUGUAGUAACACAGUUAACCAGCUGAAUUUCAUGUUACCGGCUCGUAAUUGGCAUUUGAGUACGCAUGCUCCUUGCGUAAAACAUCCUUAGCUGACACGAGAGAGGUCUGUUACCAUUUAUUUAAUAUUUAUUUAAUCUCGAAUGACGAGUUUAUGAUUGCAUUUAC